UGCCGAGUUGUACCGACUAAUAUAAAAUUAGUGACUACCGAUCAGGCGGAGUUCUUAGUCAGUAUUUGGUAUAUUCACAGAUUUCAUGUGAUCUGUUGUAUUAUAACAAUUUUUUUAAUAAUUACAUUAAUAAAUGUUAAUUAUUAAAAUUAGUAACUAAUAGGUAAAUGUUAAAUUAUGUCUUGUCUGUGGUCGGCACUAACUAUGUCUAGUAUACAAACGUAUAAGCUUCUUAGCUAGCUGUUUUUAGAUUCUUGGAACUUCAAAACUACUAUAACUAUGUGAAUUAUGCAAAUCUCAAAUUAUUUUACGUUCUGUACUUCUGUGUACAUAAUUUAUGAACGGUGGCUACUCAAUUUUUCUGCUUCAGUUAGGAAAAUUCAGGAAGUUCACAAUGAUUAAGCUUCUUAGUCUCAUUACUAAGAAAUUCCUACGAUAUUUAUUGUGUAUCAGUGGUUUAAUAUUUUUUUGUGAAUAUGGCAUUUAUUACGUCGUCUUAUCACAAUGCAAUUGGCCUUCAGAUAGUAACAUGACAUCGGAGCAACCUGUUAAAGUUAUGUUUUUAGCUGACACACAUUUACUUGGUACAAGAAAAGGACAUUGGCUUGAUAAAAUGAUACGAGAAUGGGAAAUGGGAUGUGCUUUUCAAACUGCUAUCAAAUUACAUAAACCGGAACUUAUUUUUGUUUUAGGUGAUUUAUUUGAUGAAGGAUUAUGGAGUAGUGAAAGAGAUUUCAACUCGUAUGUUGAAACAUUUAAUUAUUUGUUUUCAGUACCAUCAGAUAUACAAUUAUAUACUAUUGUUGGUAAUCAUGACAUCGGAUUCCAUUAUAGCGUAACACCAUAUCUUGAAAAAAGAUUUAAUAAAGUGUUUAAUACUAGUCCAGUAGAAUUGAUCAGUAGACGUAAUGUUCAUUUUGUAACAAUAAAUAGUAUGGCAAUGGAAAUGGAUGGAUGUUUUUUAUGUCAUACUGCUAAAUUAAAACUAAACAUAAUUUCUAAGCGGUUAAAAUGCAGCCAAAAUGAAAAUAAUUGUUCAAAAAAAAUGAUGCUAGAUGGAAAUUAUAGUAAACCCAUACUAUUACAACAUUUUCCUUUAUACAGAAAAAAUGAUAUGGCCUGUAAUGAACCGGAUUCAGCCUCAUUAAAAGAAAAAGAAAAACCGUAUCGUGUGGGCUUGGAUUGUCUACGCAAAGAUGCAACAGAUAAGUUGUUGAAAGUGGUGCAGCCUCGUUUAGUUUUUGGCGGACAUACUCAUCACGGUUGCCAUAUUGAACAUACAAAUGGAGUUCAUGAAUACAGCAUAUCUUCAUUCAACUGGAGAAAUAAAUAUAAUCCAAGUUAUAUGCUUGCAUUAUUUACCAUGGAUAAUUAUUCCAUUGAAACCUGUCAUAUGCCUCGAGAACAUACAAUUGUAUUUAUUUACUUAACAUCUAUUAUAAUAUUUUUAUUUUUUAAAAUAUUAAAAUUAAAACAAACUUAUUCUAUUAAAAAUGAUCGCCAUCUAUUUAAUAGUAAAAAAUUAAAUCAAUAG